GAAAGAUAGGACUUACAUUUGUGACAAGUGUAGUGGGGAGUAAUGAAAUGAUAAAAUUGAGAUGGUUUGUUUUCCUUUGCAGUUGACAACAAGGGUUGUUCGAGUAAAGCAACAGAAGAGAAGUAACGAAGAGUCUUAUUUCGAGUCCUGGUGUAUGUGCAAUGGAUUUUUCUUUCUGCUUCUGCUGACAUCUGGUCAGCUUUUCCCAAAGGCUGAAGACAAGCCUAAAGUUACAGAGAAUCCCUUCAUUCAAGGGCAGGAGAGUCAAGCUGAACCAAGGUCUGUUCCCUUCAUCCCUGGACAAGAAUAUCAGAAGUUUGACUACAAAGUAAAAGUGAUCAGGAGAAGAAAGAGGAGUGGUGUGCGAGGCAGAAGAAAGAGAAGACCAAAGAUCAGGGGCGAUUUGUAUGACGAGUGGACGGCAGAAAGUCCCCAAACUGUUGAUGACGUUGGUCUGUUUACACGACUGUGGCGAUGGUUGUGUUCUUUCUUUACCUGGAAAACAACCUCAACAACAUCGCAACGAGACGAGUUUAAAGAAGUGUGUAAGGAAGAUGUUGAGAAGACUGCAAGGCAGGAAGAUGCUGGUGUUAGAAUACAGAAAGAACUUGAUGACAAGGUGGUGGUGGUUGUAAGAGACGAAAAAGGUGACUAUAAAGAGACGACAACUAGUGAUAUCAGAGACGAGGAGCUGAAGUUGGAAAAUGACAUUACAGAGGAAGAAAACAAUGACUGCAUUGUGGAACAGAAAGUAGCGAUUCAAAAGGAUGACAAAUCGAAUAUGGAAGAUGGUUGCACGACUAAAACUGUUGCUUCUAAAUGCUGUCCAGUUCGAAGAUUGGAGACUCAUGUCUUGCAGAAGACAGACAAGCCAAAGACUUAUAACGUGGUUCCACUGAAACAGCUUGAGAGCAAAGUUCAGAUGCCAGUGAGGACUGAAACUGUUGCCUCUCAAUGCUGUCCAAUACGAAGAUUGGAGACUCAUGUCUUGCAGAAGACCGACAAGCCCAAUACCUAUGUGGUUCCACUGAAACAGCUUGAGGGCAAGCCGUCCACUCAGCUGCAAGUUACAGAAGCAUCUUUGGAGGUUGGUGAAGCAAAGUCCCAUGACGUCAGUACUUCGAGUUGUUAUCGUAAAGAGAUAUGGGACACUCAUGUCCUACAGAAGACAGACGACCCAAAGACUUUCAAUCUGGUUCCAUUGCAAAAGAAACGACUUCAAGAUGGCAAAGUUGCCAAAAUUACUUCAUGGAGUAAAGAUGUAAUUCCUAACACAUCCACAAGGGACGCGCAGUUGCAGUCCAGUGGCUUAUCUACACCUAGACUCCUGCCCAGCAAAGGAAGAUCAACUUUCAAAGAUGAUAGUCAACCAGACAGAAAAUCGAGAGAAAACAACCAAAAGAAAGAUCACAUGACAUCAACUAGUCGUUCUUAUCACAAGCCAAAAAAGAAUUCUCGUUAUUCUAAUUCCAAACGAACUGGAGGUCCAUCCUGCAGAGAGGAGUUGGGUUUGUCCUGGCGUAACCAAUCGAAAGAAUCUGCCGAAUCAUCCAAAGGUCAUAUGUAUUUAAGCUGGCGCCAAAAGGAGUGUCAAAGUUCUGAAUCUUCUUCGUCUUCUUUAAGCUGGCGAAGUUCAUCGUCUAAAGGAGAUAUGUCUAGCAACUGGCGACAACACGAUUAUACUGCACGGUCUUCUUCUAGAACGACUCAGCCAUUAAGUUGGCGUAAACACAAGGAGAAUACUAGAGACUCUCCUAAUGAAGAGAUGCUUUACAACUGGAGAAAUGAUAGACAAACUAAAGUUCCGUCUUCUGCAUCAAACUGGCGAAUAACAUCCGAGUCAAGACCUAGAAAACAAAGAAACAACACAAAAGAGAAGUCAGCAGAGAAAUUAUACCAAGUAAAACCAGAAAAAGAAAGUGAGCAGAAAGUUGUGAAGGAAUGUAUGCCAAGAAAGACUUAUGCAGAGGCUGUUGUUAGAGGAGGCUCGGGCCCUUUCACUUCUGUCAGAAACUCGCCAGUAAAUACUGCUUUGAAUACUCGUCGAGUUGAGCCAAGAGCUUGGGCAUCCAAAGGUCGACGAAGAAACAUUCCUCGAAGAUCAGAAAGACACUCAGGAUAACAUGAACUACAGGCCUAUCAAACGAGAUUAUCUCAUUCUCAUUAUACCCCUAAUAUUACCUCUCUUAAACUUUUCCAUCCACGACAUGGAGAUGUAUUUACAAAUUAAAAACCUCUUGUUUUUGUAGCACGCUUUUCGUAAAUAAAACUGCAUUAUUUUCACUGAGUGUCAUUAUAAAUAAUCAUGGUAAUAUUAAUCCACGUAUUGGUAAAUCCAGAACGAUUACAAGGGGGGUGACUGUCACAUAGCGUCCAUUUUAAGUCUUGAGUUCUGCAUCACCCUUGUUUUUCGACUUCAAUGGAGGAAUAUGUGACUAGUAACCUUAGCCAUACCCCCCCUGGAUUCGCCCUUGCAAGGAUGAAAGAAACUUUAUUUGGCAAACGGGUUUUAUUUUCGAAAACCCUACCCCCCCUCCCCCCAGGAGGAGUAAUUAUAAAUCGUAAUUUUCUUUGGAACGAGUUCUCCAUAUUUUAAUCUUAAAAACUAAGGCCCCGUUUACAUUAUUUAGGUAUC